AUGUGGCUAGACAGCAGGUGUAUCAUAUUCUCUGCGUUGGCAUGUAUUGCUCUAAGCGUGCCUUGGAAAGUACAGGGCUCCGACGUCGACAAGCUGAAGGCGAAGGUUGUAACGCAGGAGGAAGAACAGGCCGAAUCGAGCAGCAAUGACCGGCCUGAAAAUGCCGCUACGAACCAACGGAAAUCUGCCGAAGGUUUGAUAGACAUACCUGAUACUGCUAAAAGCCCACCCACGGAACAGGAGCACUCAUGGGAAAAGAUGGACCUGGACACGAUCAAACUGGUUCAAAUCACAGAUUUUUCAAAGGAGAAAGACAACAAAAAGAUCCCGGGAGUGUUGUACGACAUUCUAGAGGUGCAAAAGCGAAUGAUACAGAAUAUCGUCGAUGAAAUCGAAGAAAUUGAUCAACAGGCGAGAGCGUCGGAUGGGCCCAAGCCAACCGAGGAAUCCAGCGAGAGUCACCAAAUAUAUGACCGCGCUAUGGGAAUUUUAAACAAAACGAAGGUGGAUCGCCUGCUGGGACACAGACUUAUGGUCGAAGCGGCGUCGAAGGGCCACUCGCAUGCCAAGAGCCAUGUAGCAUGGGCUCAUCUGCUCGGGAAUCCAGUCCCACUCGAGGUGGAAACUGCGAAAUAUAUGUUUCUUGAUCUGGCAGAGGAGGGACUGCCCGAUGCGCAGAUGGGCCUCGGGUUUAUGCACGCUGCUGGCAUUGGAUUCAACGUGAGUCAGGCAAAGGCGCUGCUCUAUUACACCCUUGCCGCUGCAGGCGACAAUCCUUGGGCACAAAUGGCACUUGGCUAUCGGUAUUGGGCCGGGGUUGGUGUCCCGAACAGCUGCGAAACAGCACUAGAUUAUUAUCGAAAGGUUGCCACCAAGGUAGCAUCGCAGGUUACCUUCUCCGGUGGUGCCGCUGUCCAUCGGAUCCGUUUGCUGGAUGAAGUGGACAAUUCCGGACCGAGUUCGGGCAUUCUUGAUAACGAUCUGAUCGACUACUAUCAGCUGUUGGCUGACAAGGGCGAUGUGCAGGCUCAAGUAGGUUUAGGCCAACUGCAUUACCAGGGUGGUCGGGGUAUACCGCUUGAUCAUCAACGCGCACUGCAGUACUUCAGCCAGGCAGCCAACGCCGGGAACGCCGUGGCGAUGGCGUUUCUUGGGAAGAUUUAUUUGGAAGGGAGUGACAACAUCAAGGCGGAUAACGAGACGGCAUUCAAAUAUUUCAAGAAGGCCGCAGAUCUCGGCAAUCCGGUUGGACAGAGUGGGUUGGGAAUCAUGUAUUUACACGGCAAAGGUGUCCGUAAAGACACGAUGAAAGCGUUGAAAUAUUUCGCCAAGGCAGCGGACCAAGGUUGGGUCGAUGGCCAGUUGCAGCUUGGGAAUAUGUAUUACAGUGGAAUAGGAGUGAACCGAGACUUCAAGCUGGCGAUUAAAUACUUUAGUUUGGCUUCCCAGUCCGGUCACGUGUUGGCGUUUUACAAUCUCGGCCAAAUGCACGCGAUUGGGCUGGGUAUGAUUCGCUCUUGCCCCGCAGCAGUGGAGCUAUUCAAAAACGUCGCCGAACGUGGCAAAUGGGCGGACCGUUUGAUGUCCGGCUAUCAGGACUAUCGAUCGUAUCGCUUUGAGGAAUCAUUCAUGCAAUACGCUCUACUAUCGGAGAUGGGCUACGAGGUCGCCCAAAGUAAUGCCGGCUUCCUGCUCGAUCGCGAAGAGGUGAAUUUAUUUAAAAAUCGCGGCGAAGAGCUUGUUCGCGCUUUGCAAUACUGGGGCCGAGCAGCGGCACAGGGCUAUUCGGCAGCGCAAGUAAAACUCGGCGACUACCACUAUUAUGGAAUGGGCACACUGAUCGAUUACGAAAUGGCCGCAUCACAUUACAGGAUGGCAUCGGAACAGCAGAACAAUGCACAAGCUAUGUUUAACCUUGGCUACAUGCACGAACAAGGGCUAGGCAUGAAGAAAGACAUCCACCUUGCGAAGAGAUGCUACGAUCUAGCGGCGGAUUCCAGCGUCGACGCAAAAGUGCCCGUUACGCUGGCACUCAUUAAAUUGCAGCUUCUAUUUAAGCUGGAAUCGUUGAAAGAAACACCAUUGAAAAUCGUUUUCAACCUGGAUGAAAAUAUUGCCUCAAAUUGGGAUCUUUACCUUAUCACUGUCAUUACGAUAUUAUGCGGUGCCGCGUUGUACUUCCGGCGACCUGUUACACCGGGAGCCAAUAACGUGGCCGAUGGCGGAAAUCAGGUCCAAACCGAGGCAAACAACCAUUCCGCUACAGCUGGCUUCAACAACGUAGGCGAGGCAAACGUGAACCACGGUGAUAAUGCCAACCCCGACAACCGAGUGAAUCGUAAUAACGAGCAUCAUAUAGAUCCGGCGUUAAAUGGGCAUGCAGAGUAGAUGUAAUGUUAGGAAGUUUAAUAUUUGUAAAUAAAUGUGAUAUUAUCUUUUGUUUGAAAAUAGUUAUCACGCAUAUAAACCAAGUCCAUCUUUGCAAUAUAGCGUGCUGAUGUUUUGAAAUUGAAA